AAUUGUGAUUUUUUUUUUGAGAGGGAGAGAAGAAGAAGUCGAUCGAUUAGGGUUUUUGUUUUCGUCUGAUCGGAAGUAUGAACACGGCGGAGGCUCUGAUAGCGUCAAUCCAGGGUUUAUCAGCGACUUCCGGCGACUUAUCUGCACUCCACAGCGUUUUGAAAAAAGCCGAGGACUCGCUCCGAAACAACGGGGAUGUUCAACUCGCUACUCUUGAAGAGCUCGACCCUUCGAUUCAUUCUCUCGGCUACCUCUAUAUCCUCGAGGCUCUUACGCGUGGUACAGUGUCGUCGAAGGGUGUGGUUCUGCUAAUGGCUCGGUUCAUCAACUCUUGCGAUGCUGGGCAGAUUCGUUUAGCGAGGGAAAAGUUUGUUUCUCUCUGUAAGAGAUUCAAAGACAGAGUUUUGGAGCUUAAGGAUCCUUUACUAGGGGUGGCGCCACUGUUGUCAGCUGUUCGUAAGGUUCAGGUCUCCGCUAAGUGUUUGACUGCAUUGCAUCCGGAUUGUCUUCAGCUGUGUCUCCAGGCGAAGUGCUAUAAAGCUGGUUUGUCCAUCCUUAGUGAUGAUAUCUUGGAGGUUGACCAGCCUAGAGAUUUUUAUCUCUAUUGCUAUUAUGGGGGAAUGAUAUGCAUUGGACUGAAGAGAUUCCAGAAGGCAUCGGAGCUUCUUUACAAUGUUGUUACUGCUCCAAUGUUUCAACUCAAUGCCAUAGCUCUUGAGGCGUACAAAAAGUACAUAUUGGUGACUCUCAUUCACUCUGGCCAGUUUAGUGGCAGUCUCCCCAAGUGCGCUUCUACAGCAGCUCAGAGGCACCUCAAGAGCGGGUGUAUGCCUUACUACGAAGUGGGUAAUCGUUACAACGAUGGGAAGAUCAGUGAGCUAGAGGCAGUAGUUGUGGCACACAGCUCAGAUUUUGAAAACGACAAUAACCUUGGAUUAGUUAAGCAAGCAGUGGCAUCACUUUACAAGCGGAACAUACUGAGAUUGACUCAGAAGUACUUGACCUUGUCGCUUCAAGAUAUAGCCAACAUGGUCCAACUUGCUUAUGCUAAGGAGGCGGAAAUGCAUGUGCUUCAGAUGAUCCAGGAGGGUCAGAUACACGCCCUUAUCAAUCAGAAAGAUGGAAUGGUGAGAUUCUUGGAGGACCCUGAGCAGUACAAAACCAGUGAGAUGAUAGAGGUCAUGGAUUCUGUCAUCCAAAGGACAAUUGGGCUGUCGAAGAAUCUAUUUGCCAUGGAUGAAAGCUUGCCAUGUGAUCCUUUAUACUUGGGAAAGGUUGGAAGGGAAAGGCAAAGGUUCGACUUCGGAGACGAUUUUGAUACUGUCCCUCAGAAGUUCUCCAUGUAAACAUCAAAAGACCUGAAGGAACAAAACUCGACUCAAAGACAACUCUGGUUGUUGUGACAAUCUGGACAACCUUUCUUUUGCUUUCAUUGUUCUUUUCCUUAGUUUAUGACGUUUCAUAAUAUAUUUUUUUCUCAUAAUGGCCAACAAGCAGACGAGAGAUAUGAGAGAAUCUUGAACAUUACCUACAAAUUUUCGAUUGAUGUUGUUCAUAGCACGGAAAGCCCAA